AGAGUAGUGUUUGUUGAGACUUCCCCGCAGCCAAUCACCUCGCCGUUGCCCUUGGUAACCACGUCCAUCAUCCUUUGACGUCCAAUGAGCGGCGGGGGCGGGGCGGAGUCCAGGUGCGCCUCGGCGUCCACUUGGCAGAGCGCCUGGGAGCCGCCUGUGGGCAGGAGAGGGUCUGUCAAAUGCGAGGUUCGUUUAAUAAGAGCGACCAGUCCGGCUCCGAGAGUCAUGGCGACCGCAGCGUCUAACCACUACAACAUCCUCACCUCCAGCGCAUCCAUCGUGCACUCGGAGCCCGGCAGCAUGCAGCAAGCCACGGCGUACCGGGACGCGCAGAGCCUGUUGCAGAGUGACUACCCGCUGCAGAGCAACAGCCACACGCUCAGCCACGCACACCAGUGGAUCACGGCGCUGUCCCACGGAGAGGGAGCCCCGUGGUCCACCAGCCCGCUCGGCGCAGAGCAGGACAUCAAACCCGCGGUGCAGGGCGCCCGGGACGAGAUGCACAACUCCAGCAGCAACCUGCAGCACCAGUCGCGGCCACCCCACCUGGUGCACCAGACGCACGGGAACCACCACGACGGCCGGGCGUGGAGAACCACCACCGCGGCGCACAUACCGAGCAUGGCGACAACGAACGGCCAAAGCCUUAUUUACUCCCAGCCGGGCUUCGGCGUCAACGGGCUGAUCCCGGGCAGCGGGCAGGGGAUGCACCACCACAACCUAAGAGACAGUCAUGACGACCACCACAGCCCGCACCUCAGCGAUCACGGCCACCCUCCGUCCCAGCAUCAGCACCAGCACCGGCCGCAAAGCCACCACGAACACUCGGACGAGGAUACGCCGACCUCGGACGACCUGGAGCAGUUCGCCAAGCAGUUCAAACAGCGGAGGAUCAAGCUGGGCUUCACGCAGGCGGACGUGGGACUCGCCCUGGGGACCCUGUACGGAAAUGUGUUUUCCCAAACCACCAUAUGCAGGUUUGAGGCCCUGCAGCUCAGCUUCAAAAACAUGUGCAAGCUGAAGCCUCUGUUGAACAAGUGGUUGGAGGAGGCGGACUCCACCUCGGGCAGCCCGACCAGCCUGGACAAAAUCGCGGCGCAGGGGAGGAAAAGGAAAAAACGGACUUCAAUCGAGGUAAGCGUAAAGGGAGCUUUGGAGAGCCAUUUUUUGAAGUGUCCUAAACCGGCAGCGUCGGAAAUAAUCGGCCUGGCGGACAGUCUGCACCUGGAGAAAGAAGUGGUCAGGGUUUGGUUUUGUAACAGGAGACAGAAGGAGAAACGCAUGACCCCUCCCGGAGCACUGCCGGGGAGCGAGGAUGUGUACGGGGACACGCCGCCGCACCACGGGGUCCAGACCCCGGUCCAAUGAACUCUGCUGGACCGCUCCUCCAGGACAUGUUUAUCCUUUUUAUUUAUCCCCAAGGUUAUAUAUAAAUCACUGGACUAUGAAACGCUAUAGUGGGUGUUUUAUGUAUAAUAGAUUGCGGUGAGUACUUACACAAUAUCUGCAGUGAAUAUCUGAGAAAUGGAAAAUGAGUGAGGGGAGGACAGGACAUUUUUUCCUCUCCCAGAGCUGAAGGAUCAUAAGCCUGUGUUGUGUUCUCCGAGGAUACAUGCCCAGCACUGUGACUCCAGUCGACGCAGUUUCAAGGUGUAGCCCCUAUUGUGUACUGAAAUUAUACUUGACGAAAAAAAGAGGGAGGGGAGGAGGGAUACCUGGUUUUAGAAGAAAGGCAUAGCUGAAUGGUUUCCAUUCGCCACUUUUAUAUCAAAUCGCAAAACACAAUUUUUCCUGUGCGUAAAAGGGAAAGCAAAUGCAAAGGCGUUUAGUUUUGUAGCUCUAAAUUGUGCGUCCAGCAGUGAUGGGUGGUGCAGGGGAGGGGGGUCAAAGGAGCUGCGUUAAUGGAGUAAACUGGAGGCCAGUAAAGGCUGCAGCCCCAGUCCAAUGGAGUCCAGCUGAGGGUGAGCAUCGCCUGAGUCCCAUCUGUCAGCCAGGCAGCACAGAGACGCUUUGCAUUCAAAACACUGCUGGGAAACUGCAGGCCAUUCAGCUCUUAUUUAUUAUGCGAGGACGGAGGUCAGGGUUUAGUUGUGAACACGGAUUAUUAUUAUUAUUAUUAUUAUUUUUAUUAUUACUUAUUAUUUGUGCAGCUCACUGGCUAAACUCUUCAAUAAUUGGCCUGAGUGCAGUGAUGUGGUAAAUAAAAAAAGUGUAUGACCUCUAUCAUGAGUCAAACAGCAGUAUAAACAAAAAGUCCAUUCUAUUUUUCACAAAACAAGCGUUAAAUAAUAUUUCUCCCCCCAGAGAGUCUCCCAGCUCCAGGAAGGGCUCCGUGGCGAUUGAUUGGAUUAUCCGGCACUUUCCCACAACAGGAUGGGCUAUAGAUAUAUAGAUAUCUACAAAAAUAUAUGUCACCAACUCUCACAGAACAUUUGGAUCCACUUUUGUAAAUAUUGUAUAACUUUAAAAGUCAUGGCUUCAUCCCUUUUUUUUCUUUCUUCACUGGGGCACUUUUUUGGAUUGAUGUUUUCAAAAACAAACAGGUUGAGUUUUUAAAAUCCAGUCUCAUUCAUAGUCUACCUACUGCCUUGUAUUUGUGUGCUAUUUAAUGUUCAUUUUGUUGCCGAAAUUUACGAUUUACGUUUACGAUUUAAUUUUUUAUUUUUUUGUGGCGCAUUUUAUUUUCAGUCUAAAGAUAUUUGUUUUUUAUUAAUGUGAAAUCAGUUUAAUUUGUUUAAACUGUCUAAGGAGUUCUGUUUUGCCAAUUGAUGCCCGCUCUGAAAUUACAUUAGAUUGUGUUUCCAAUCAAAAUAUAGUGAGGAUUAAUCAAUAACACUACUGUAGAGAAUUGUCCACAAUGAAUCAGACCUAGAGAGGAUACAAACGGAGAUAACCAUCAUGAUUAGUGUAUUUGAAAAGAAAAAUAAUAAUAAUAAGGCCUUUAAAUUUCUUCCCAAAACACAUUUCAGUGACAUUCCAAAAAUUGCAGCAUAUGAUCAAAAUUAUUAUUAUUAUUAUCAUUAUUAUUAUUAUUAUUAUUAUUAUUAUUAUUAUUAUUAUUAUUAUUAUUAUUAUUCACAUGGUGUUAUUUUAAUUUGUUUGUGAGGUCGUUGCCAUGCAUUCUAUUUCAGCCAUUUUGUUCAUCUUCGUCUGUUGCUUUAUUACAUGGGGGAAAUUGUUCGUAGACAUUUUAUUUUAUUUUUUAGUCUUGUUAAUGAGAUUGUAAUUUAUUAUACAAUGGCUUUUAUAGAUGACACAAAGUGCGAGAUAUAUAUGAAAUGACACCGAGAAGGCUUUUGUUUCGUAGGGACGAAGAGAGACAUAUUUUUGAUUUUUCAGCGGGAUUGCCACAGCCUGGACCGUCACAGCUAAAUGUAUAUACAUCUUUUCUCCGUACAGUAGCUUGCUUUUCGUUUUAUGCAACAACAAAAAAAAAAAAACACAGAUAUCCAGGGACUUGGUUUUCUUUCCUCUCAUGUGGGAACAGCUUUUCUCCCCCCCUCCUGAUUUGUGUGUCUCCUGCAGAAAACAACAAGCAGAAACGAUCAUGGCAUUGAAAUCUUUCCUCAGUAGCUUUAAUGAAUCGAUCCAACUCAUAAUUCACUGGAAAUUCAAGUUGUGGGAUGUAGACCUGUAGCAAUCCGACGCUGUUUUCUUGUUGUUUUGUUUCAUUGCUUGUUAAACCAGUCGUUUGGUUUUGGGGGGAUAUAGGCUCUGUCAUAUUCACUGGAAGAACUUGGGGUAGAUAAAGCAGAGGUGAUAAAUGCCUGUAGGUGUUUUUAAUCACUUGACACAUGAACAACGGACUUGCACAUUUUUAAAUAAUGGGGUUGAUAUUAAACAGCUUUUUUCCAACGUCGAGGCUAAAUGUAUUUAUUUAUUUUUUUACUCAGCAAACCAGAAUGCUGCUGCAGUGACUUCACUCUGCUUGACAUCUGUGGUGUUCAAAAUCUGCUUCUUGCUUUGAGCCCGUUCGUUUGGGUGGAGUUAAUGGGAAAGAAAAUCAGGGUUGAUGAGUGGAAGAUUGUGAGCCGAUGAUGUGUUGUUUCCGCCCCAGGCUGCUUUAAAUGGACUGACUUUGGCUGGGGAAACCACUACUUCCAUAUAGGGUUAAAUUAGGGGUUCCCAAAGUGGGGUCCGAGUACCAGUAGUGGUCCUUAGGAGGACUGACAGGGGUCCAAAAUGAUCUACAGGGGGUUUCAAACAAAGAUUUAGCAUUUUAAAAUGUAUUAUAGCCCCUAAAAUCCACAAAGUUGUUUUAUUUACCAUCAUGUCUCUAACUCUAAGGUCUAAGAUGCUUUGUCCAAGGCAAAAACACUCAUCCUUAUAUAUUGUUUUACUUCUGAAGACAAAAACUUGCAUUGUUCUGACACUUUUGGGCUAUAAAUCCCGCGUCACUUUUACUGACGAGGUUGAGCCCUUUAAACUGGAGGUUAACAAAACAACCCGGACUUUAAACGCAUCACAGGUUGUGAGAUUUAAAUACGUGUUUCCUGUUUUUUAAACAAAACUCAUCGGAUUUCAUUUGAUCCUAAAGAUACUCCCAUCAAAACAGAAUGUUCUGGAUCAAUGGAUUUCUUAGGAGAAAAAAAAUCCACUAAAAUAUUUCUGCAGGGACUUAUGGUGACAGUGACAGUGGUGACCCUGCUGGUAUUUUCUUCUUCCUUCACUUCUCUGUAAUAUUCCCACUGGAACCUGUGCUGUGGUAUUUGUAUGAGCAUCUCUCUAAAUUCUAUUCUAGUUCAUUUUUUAUUUGAUAUAUUUUUUGGGGGGGGGAUAAUGGCAUGAAAGUGACGUCUUCCCCUUGUGAAAAAUGUACCGUAAUAUUCCCACAAUACAAAGGACCAAAAGUGA